CGGGACGGACCCAAGAUGGCCGAGCGCUUCGGUUCCGCUCCUGCCCGUGCCUCCGAGCCUCAUUCAUUGCCGCGCUGGUGAGCGGAACCGCGAGCAGGUCCGAGGGUUCCGGGGGCUGUUCCCGCGGGGCGGGAGGCCGCCAUGGCGACCCUGGAAAAGCUGAUGAAGGCCUUCGAGUCCCUCAAGUCCUUCCAGCAGCAGCAGCAGCAGCAACAGCAGCAGCCGCCGCCGCCGCCGCCGCCUCAGCCUCCUCAGCCGCCGCCGCAGGCGCAACCGCCGCCUCAGCCGCAGUCGCCGCCGCCCCCGCCCCCGCCGCCGCCGCCGCCGCCCGGACCGGCCGUGGCCGAGGAGCCGCUGCACCGACCAAAGAAAGAACUCUCAGCCACCAAGAAAGACCGUGUGAAUCAUUGUCUGACAAUAUGUGAAAACAUAGUGGCACAGUCUCUCAGAAAUUCUCCAGAAUUUCAGAAACUUCUGGGCAUUGCUAUGGAACUUUUUCUGCUGUGCAGUGAUGACGCAGAGUCAGAUGUCAGGAUGGUGGCUGACGAGUGCCUCAACAAAGUCAUAAAAGCUUUGAUGGAUUCUAAUCUUCCGAGGUUACAGUUGGAACUCUAUAAGGAAAUUAAAAAGAACGGCGCUCCUCGGAGCCUGCGCGCUGCCCUGUGGAGGUUUGCCGAGCUGGCUCACCUCGUUCGGCCUCAGAAAUGCAGGCCUUACUUGGUAAACCUUUUGCCUUGCCUGACGCGCACAAGCAAGAGACCUGAGGAGUCUGUCCAGGAGACCUUGGCUGCAGCUGUCCCUAAGAUUAUGGCUUCUUUUGGCAAUUUUGCAAACGACAGUGAAAUUAAGGUUCUGUUAAAGGCUUUCAUAGCGAAUCUGAAGUGCAGCUCUCCUACCGUGCGGCGGACGGCGGCCGGCUCGGCGGUGAGCAUCUGCCAGCACUCCAGGAGGACGCAGUACUUUUACAGCUGGCUGCUCAGUGUGCUCUUAGGUUUGCUGGUUCCCGUGGAGGAGGAACGCUCCGCCCUUCUGAUUCUCGGAGUGCUGCUCACAUUGAGGUAUUUGGUGCCCUUGCUGCAGCAGCAGGUCAAGGACACGAGCCUGAAAGGCAGCUUUGGGGUGACGCGGAAAGAGAUGGAGGUCUCCCCCUCGACAGAGCAGCUCGUCCAGGUGUACGAACUGACCUUGCAUUAUACUCAGCACCAAGACCACAAUGUUGUGACUGGCGCACUGGAACUCCUGCAGCAGCUCCUCAGAACCCCUCCACCUGAGCUCCUGCGGGUGCUGACCACGGCGGGCGGCAUCGGGCAGCUCACUGCCGCUAAGGAUGAGCCCGGUUGCCGAAGUCGUAGCGGAAGUAUCGUGGAGCUUAUAGCUGGAGGGGGUUCUUCAUGCAGCCCUGUCCUUUCAAGGAAACAAAAAGGGAAAGUGCUCUUUGGAGAAGCAGCAGCCUUGGAGGAUGACUCUGAGUCAAGGUCAGACGGCAGCAGCCCCACCUUUUCAGCCUCAGUCAAGGGUGAGAUUGGUGGUGAGCUGGCUGCCUCUUCUGGGGUCUCCACUCCUGGCUCAGCUGCCGACUCUGUGGGUCACGACAUCAUCACUGAGCAGCCCCGGUCACAGCACACACUUCAGACGGACUCGGUGGAUCUGACCGGCUGUGACUUGACGAGUGGUGCCACUGACGGGGACGAGGAGGACAUCUUGAGCCACAGCUCCAGCCAGAUUAGCGCCGUCCCAUCUGACCCUGCCAUGGACCUGAACGAUGGGACCCAGGCCUCCUCUCCCAUCAGUGACAGCUCCCAGACCACCACCGAGGGGCCCGAUUCAGCCGUGACCCCUUCCGACAGUUCUGAAAUUGUAUUAGAUGGUGCCGACAGCCAGUACCCAGGGAUGCAAGUGGGGCAGCCCCAGGACGAGGACGAGGACGCUGCUGUGGUUCUUCCUGAUGAAGACACGGAGGCUUUCAGAAACUCUUCCAUCGCCCUUCAACAAGCACAUUUGUUGCAAAGCAUGGGCCACAGCAGGCAGCCCUCUGACAGCAGUAUAGAUAAAUUUGUCUCACGAGAUGAAGCUGCUGAGCCAGGAGAUCCAGAAAACAAGCCCUGCCGGAUCAAAGGCGACAUUGGCCAGUCCAGUGAUGAAGAUUCUGCUCCUCUUGUCCAUUGUGUCCGCCUUCUGUCCGCUUCAUUUUUGCUAACUGGGGAAAAACACGCCUUGGUUCCGGACAGGGAUGUGAGGGUCAGCGUGAAGGCACUGGCGCUCAGCUGUGUUGGAGCUGCUGUGGCCCUUCACCCUGAAUCUUUCUUCGGCAGACUUUACAGAGCACCGCUUGACACCAUGGAAUACCCUGAGGAGCAGUACGUGUCAGACAUCUUGAACUACAUCGACCAUGGGGACCCGCAGGUCAGAGGAGCCACAGCUAUCCUCUGUGGGACCCUUGUCUCCUCCAUCCUCAGCAGGUCCCGCUUCCACGUGGGAGACUGGAUGGGCACCGUCAGAACCCUGACAGGAAAUACAUUUUCUCUGGCGGACUGCAUUCCCCUGCUGCAGAAAACUUUGAAGGACGAAUCUUCUGUUACUUGCAAGUUGGCUUGUACAGCUGUGAGGCUCUGCGUCAUGAGUCUCUGCAGCAGCAGCUACAGCGAGUGGGGGCUGCAGCUUCUCACCGACAUGCUGGCCCUGCGGAGCAGCUCCUACUGGCUGGUGAGGACGGAGCUUCUGGAGACCGUGGCAGAGAUCGACUUCAGGUUGGUGAGCUUUUUGGAGGCAAAAGCAGAAAACCUACACAGAAGGGCCCAUCAUUAUACAGGGCUUUUAAAACUGCAAGAACGAGUGCUCAAUAACAUUGUCAUCUAUUUGCUUGGGGAUGAAGAUCCCAGGGUGCGCCACGUUGCUGCAGCUUCGUUAACGAGGCUUGUCCCGAAGCUGUUCUAUAAGUGCGACCAAGGACAGGCUGACGCAGUCGUGGCCAUGGCGAGAGGUCAAAGCAGCGUUCACCUGAAGCCUCUCAUGCACGAGGCGCAGCCUCCGUCUCACUUCUCCGCCAGCACCAUAACCAGAAUAUAUAGAGGCUAUAACCUACUACCAAGCAUAACAGACGUCACUAUGGAAAAUAACCUUUCGAGAGUCAUUGCAGCAGUUUCUCAUGAGCUAAUCACAUCAACCACGAGGGCGCUCACAUUUGGAUGCUGUGAAGCUCUGUGUCUUCUUUCAACUGCCUUUCCAGUUUGCAUUUGGAGUUUAGGUUGGCAUUGUGGAGUGCCCCCACUGAGCGCCUCUGAUGAGUCUAGAAAGAGCUGUACUGUGGGCAUGGUCACGAUGAUCCUGACCCUGCUUUCAUCAGCCUGGUUCCCACUGGAUCUCUCAGCCCAUCAAGAUGCUUUGAUUUUAGCCGGGAACUUGCUUGCAGCCAGUGCCCCCAGAUCUCUGAGGAGUUCGUGGGCCUCCGAAGAAGAGGCCAGCCCCGCAGCCACCAAGCAGGAGGAGGUGUGGCCGGCUCUGGGUGACCGGACCCUGGUGCCCAUGGUGGAGCAGCUCUUCUCCCACCUGCUGAAGGUGGUCAACAUCUGUGCACACGUCCUGGAUGAUGUGGCUCCUGGACCAGCAAUAAAGGCAGCCUUGCCAUCUCUAACAAACCCGCCUUCUCUGAGUCCAAUCCGACGGAAGGGAAAAGAGAAGGAACCCGGAGAGCAGGUGUCUGUACCCGUGAGUCCCAAGAAAGGCGGUGAGGCCAGUCCAGCCUCUCGACCAUCUGAAACCUCAGGGCCUGUUGCAGCAACCAAGUCCUCGUCACUGGGGAGUUUCUAUCACCUUCCUUCUUACCUUAAAUUGCACGAUGUCCUGAAAGCUACACACGCAAACUACAAGGUCACCUUGGAUCUUCAGAGCAACACCGAAAAGUUUGGGGCUUUUCUGCGCUCUGCCUUGGAUGUUCUCUCCCAGAUUCUGGAGCUGGCGACGCUGCAGGACAUCGGGAAGUGUGUCGAAGAGAUCCUGGGGUACCUGAAAUCCUGCUUCAGUCGAGAACCAGUGAUGGCAACUGUUUGUGUCCAGCAGCUGUUGAAGACUCUCUUUGGGACAAACUUGGCCUCCCAGUUUGAUGGCUUAUCUUCCAACCCCAGCAAGUCUCAAGGCCGUGCUCAGCGCCUUGGCUCUUCCAGCGUGAGGCCGGGCUUGUACCACUACUGCUUCAUGGCUCCGUACACCCACUUCACCCAGGCCUUAGCCGACGCCAGCCUAAGGAACAUGGUGCAGGCAGAACAGGACCACGACACCUCAGGGUGGUUUGACGUACUCCAGAAAGUGUCUACCCAAUUGAAGACAAACCUCACCAGCGUCGCAAAGAACCGCGCGGACAAGAAUGCUAUUCAUAAUCACAUUCGUUUAUUUGAGCCUCUUGUUAUAAAAGCUUUAAAACAGUACACGACAACAACCUCUGUGCAGUUACAGAAGCAGGUUUUGGAUUUGCUGGCGCAGCUGGUUCAGUUACGGGUUAACUACUGCCUUCUGGAUUCGGAUCAGGUGUUUAUUGGAUUUGUGCUGAAGCAGUUUGAAUACAUUGAAGUAGGCCAGUUCAGGGAAUCAGAGGCAAUUAUUCCAAACAUCUUUUUCUUCCUGGUAUUACUGUCUUAUGAACGCUAUCAUUCAAAACAGAUCAUUGGAAUUCCUAAAAUCAUCCAGCUCUGUGACGGCAUCAUGGCCAGUGGGAGGAAAGCUGUGACACACGCCAUACCAGCCCUGCAGCCUAUAGUCCACGACCUGUUCGUUUUAAGAGGAACCAAUAAAGCUGAUGCAGGAAAAGAGCUUGAAACCCAGAAGGAGGUGGUGGUGUCCAUGUUACUGAGGCUCAUCCAGUACCAUCAGGUGUUGGAGAUGUUCAUCCUGGUCCUGCAGCAGUGCCACAAGGAGAGCGAGGACAAGUGGAAGCGGCUGUCUCGGCAGGUAGCCGACAUCAUCCUCCCGAUGUUGGCCAGGCAACAGAUGCACAUUGAUUCUCACGAAGCACUUGGAGUGUUAAAUACGUUAUUUGAGAUUUUGGCCCCUUCCUCCCUCCGUCCCGUGGACAUGCUUUUACGGAGUAUGUUCGUCACCCCAGAUACCCUGGCAUCUGUGAGCACUGCUCAGCUGUGGAUAGCCGGGAUCCUAGCCAUUCUGAGGGUUCUGAUUUCCCAGUCAACUGAAGACAUUGUGCUUUCCCGCAUUCAGGAGCUUUCCUUCUCUCCGUAUUUACUCUGCUGUCCGAUAAUUAAUAGGUUAAGAGAUGGGGGCAGUAAUUCAGUACUGGAAGAACACAGUGAAGGGAGACAAACGAAGGAUUUGCCAGAAGAAACAUUUUCCAGGUUUCUGCUACAACUGGUUGGCAUCCUUUUAGAGGACAUUGUUACAAAACAGCUAAGAGUGGAAAUGAGUGAACAGCAGCAUACUUUCUACUGCCAAGAGCUAGGCACGCUGCUCAUGUGUCUGAUCCACAUCUUCAAGUCUGGGACAUUCCGGAGAAUCACUGCAGCUGCCUCGAGACUCUUGACGGACGGCGCGGACGGCAGCUUCUACGGCCUGGAGAGCUUGAACGCGUGGGUGCGCUCCAUGGUCCCCACCCACCCGGCCCUCGUGCUGCUCUGGUGUCAGAUCCUCCUGCUCGUCAGCCACACCGACUACCGCUGGUGGGCAGAGGUGCAGCAGACCCCCAGAAGACGCAGUCUGUCCAGCACGAAGUCACUUAGUCCCCAGAUGUCUGGAGAGGACGAGGAUUCUGAUGUGGCUUCCAAACUGGGAAUGUGCAAUAGAGAAAUAGUACGAAGAGGAGCUCUCAUUCUCUUCUGCGAUUAUGUCUGCCAGAACCUGCACGAUUCAGAGCACUUAACGUGGCUCAUCGUCAACCACAUUCAGGACCUGAUCAGCCUGUCCCACGAGCCUCCUGUGCAGGACUUCAUUAGUGCUGUCCAUCGGAAUUCCGCGGCCAGCGGCCUUUUCAUCCAGGCAAUUCAGUCUCGUUGUGAAAAUCUUUCAACUCCCACCACGCUGAAGAAAACCCUCCAGUGCCUGGAAGGGAUCCACCUGAGCCAGUCGGGCGCCGUGCUGACGCUGUACGUGGACAAGCUUUUGUGUACUCCGUUCCGUGUGCUGGCUCACAUGGUCGACACCCUUGCUUGUCGCCGGGUGGAGAUGCUUCUGGCUGCAAAUUUACAGAACAGCACGGCCCAGCUGCCGGCGGAAGAGCUAAGCAGGAUCCAGGAGCACCUGCAGAGCAGCGGGUUAGCGCAGAGACACCAAAGGCUCUACUCCCUGCUGGACAGGCUUCGUCUCGCCACUGCACCGGCAUCGCGUGGCCCCGCUCCUCUGGUCACGCCCCACCCGCUGGACGGGGACGGGCCCCUGGCACUGGAGACAGUGAGUCCUGACAAAGACUGGUACGUACGUCUGGUUAAAUCCCAGUGCUGGACACGGUCAGACUCUGCACUGCUGGAAGGGGCAGAGCUGGUGAAUCGGAUCCCUCCGGGUGACUUGAAUGCGUUCAUGAUGAACUCGGAGUUCAACCUGAACCUGCUAGCCCCGUGCUUGGGCCUGGGCGUGCGUGAGAUCUGUGCAGGCCGGAAGAGCCCCCUUUUUGCAGCAGCUCGCACGGCGACUCUGGACCGCGUGGCCAGUGUGGUUCAGCAGCUGCCCGCUGUCCACCACGUCUUCCAGCCGUUCCUGCCGGCAGAGCCCACCGCCUACUGGAGCAAGUUGGACAAUCUCUUUGGGGAUGCCGUGCUGUAUCGGACCCUGACCACUCUGGCCCGGGCCCUGGCCCAGUACCUGCUGGUGUUCUCCAGACUGCCCGGCCACUUGCACCUUCCUCCUGAGAAGGAGAGGGACACCGUGAAGUUUGUGGUCAUGACCCUCGAGGCCCUGUCGUGGCAUUUGAUCCACGAGCAGAUCCCUCUGAGUCUGGACCUGCAGGCGGGCCUGGACUGCUGCUGCCUGGCUCUGCAGCUGCCCGGCCUCUGGAGCCUGCUCUCCUCCCCUGAGAUGGUGACCCACGCCUGCUCUCUCAUCCACUGUGUGCGGUUCAUCCUAGAAGCCCUUGUGGUGCAGCCUGGGGACCAGCUUCUUAGUCCAGAAAGAAGGACGAACACCCCACAGGCCGCCAGAGAGGACGAAGUGGAUGCAAACACACAAAACCCUCAGUAUGUCACUGCAGCCUGUGGGAUGGUGGCCGAGAUGGUGGAGGCACUGCCGUUGGUGCUGGCCUUGGGUCAUAAAAGGAACAGCAGCGCCCCGGCGUUCCUCACGCCGGUGCUCAAGAACAUCGUCAUCAGCCUGGCCCGCUUGCCCCUCGUCAACAGCUACACGCGCGUCCCGCCCCUGGUGUGGAAGCUCGGAUGGUCACCCAAGCCGGGAGGGGAUUUUGGCACCGUGCUCCCCGAGAUCCCCGUGGAGUUCCUCCAGGAAAAGGAAGUCUUCAAAGAGUUCAUCUACCGCAUCAAUACGCUAGGGUGGACCAGCCGUACCCAGUUUGAGGAAACGUGGGCCACGCUCCUCGGUGUCCUGGUGACUCAGCCCCUCGUGAUGGAGCAAGAGGAGAGCCCCCCCGAAGAAGACACGGAGAGGACCCAGAUCCACGUCCUGGCCGUGCAGGCCAUCACCUCCCUGGUGCUGAGCGCGAUGACUGUGCCUGUUGCCGGCAACCCAGCCGUGAGCUGCCUGGAGCAGCAGCCCCGGAACAAGCCCCUGAAAGCUCUCGGCACCAGGUUUGGGAGGAAGUUGAGCAUCAUCAGAGGAAUCGUAGAGCAGGAAAUUCAAGCGAUGGUUUCAAAGAGGGAGAAUAUCGCCACCCAUCAUCUGUACCAGGCGUGGGACCCCAUCCCUUCUCUGUCUCCAGCUACUACAGGUGCCCUCACCAGCCACGACAAGGUCCUGCUGCAGGUCAACCCCGAGCGGGAGCUGGGGAACACGAGCUACAACCUCGGCCAGGUGUCCAUCCGCUCCGUGUGGCUGGGGAGCAGCGUCACGCCCCUGAGAGAGGAGGAGUGGGCCGAGGAGGAGGAGGCCCCCGCGCCGUCGUCCCCGCCCACGUCUCCAGUCAGCGCCAGGAAACACCGGGCUGGAGUCGACAUCCAUUCCUGUUCGCAGUUUUUGCUCGAGUUGUACAGUCGCUGGAUCCUGCCGUCAAGUUCAGCCAGGAGGACCCCUGUCAUCCUGAUCAGCGAGGUGGUGCGGUCGCUUCUCGUGGUCUCAGACUUGUUUACGGAGCGCAGCCAGUUUGAGACGAUGUACCUGACGCUGACAGAGCUGCGGAGGGUGCACCCUUCGGAAGACGAGAUUCUGCAACAGUACCUGGUACCCGCCACCUGCAAGGCGGCCGCCGUCCUCGGGAUGGACAAGGCCGUGGCAGAGCCGGUCAGCCGGCUGCUGGAGAGCACGCUCAGGAGCGGCCAUCUGCCCAGCAGGAUCGGAGCCCUGCAUGGCGUCCUCUACGUGCUGGAGUGCGACCUCCUAGACGACACCGCAAAGCAGCUCAUCCCGGUCAUCAGCGACUAUCUCCUCUCCAACCUCAAAGGCACAGCCCACUGCGUGAACAUCCACAGCCAGCAGCACGUGCUGGUGAUGUGUGCCACGGCCUUCUACCUGAUUGAGAACUACCCUCUGGACGUCGGGCCGGAGUUCUCCGCAUCCAUCAUACAGAUGUGUGGGGUGAUGCUGUCUGGAAGCGAGGAGUCCACCCCGUCCAUCGUUUACCACUGUGUCCUGAGGGGCCUGGAGCGCCUCCUGCUCUCCGAGCAGCUCUCCCGGCUGGAUGCGGAGUCCCUGGUCAAGCUGAGCGUGGACAGAGUGAACGUGCACAGCCCGCACCGCGCCAUGGCGGCCCUGGGCCUGAUGCUCACCUGUAUGUACACAGGAAAAGAGAAAAUCAGUCCAGGCAGAACCUCAGACCCCAGCCCUGCUGCCCCUGACAGCGAGUCAGUGAUCGUGGCCAUGGAGCGUGUGUCUGUUCUUUUUGACAGGAUCAGGAAGGGGUUUCCCUGUGAAGCCAGAGUGGUGGCGCGCAUCCUCCCCCAGUUUCUAGAUGACUUCUUCCCGCCCCAGGACGUCAUGAACAAGGUCAUUGGAGAGUUUCUGUCCAACCAGCAACCGUACCCGCAGUUCAUGGCCACCGUAGUGUACCAGGUGUUCCAGACUCUGCACAGCACAGGGCAGUCGUCCAUGGUCCGGGACUGGGUCAUGCUGUCCCUCUCCAACUUCACGCAGAGGACUCCGGUUGCCAUGGCCAUGUGGAGCCUCUCCUGCUUCUUUGUCAGCGCUUCCACUAGCCCGUGGGUUUCGGCCAUCCUUCCCCACGUCGUGAGCAGGAUGGGCAAGCUGGAGCACGUGGACGUGCACCUCUUCUGCCUGGUGGCCGCGGACUUCUACAGACACCAGAUAGAGGAGGAGCUCGACCGCAGGGCCUUCCAGUCUGUGUUCGAGGUGGUCGCGGCGCCAGGAAACCCGUAUCACCGCCUGCUGGCUUGUUUGCGGAACGUCCACAAGGUCACCACGUGCUGAGCGCCCAGGUGGGCGGAGGCGAGGUGGCGCCAGGACUCGGGGCCCCGCCUGCACCGCGUGGCUCGGCCUCACCGCGUGCAGGGAACGUAUGCAGGAAUCUUGGGGGUUGAGCCUGAGUCCUUGCAGGGGCAAGAGCAGCCGUUGCUGACCCCCGUGCUAGAGCUAGCGUUAAAUGCCAGUCGCCGGUGUGUGCUUCCUCACGUGCGGCCUGUUCGCUGCCACCGGGUCCCAGCUGCUCCUGCCUCGGCUCUCGCAGGUCGGCCGUGAGCCCCUCUGCUGUCCCGCAGGCGGGAGGUGAUGCCACGGGCCUCCCAGGGCACCCCCCGCAUCUCCCCAGUGAGGCACGGGGUCCUGGGGUCUCGCUGGCUCCUGCAGGCCUGCGUGCCGCGCUGGCAUCGGGCCUGGGCGGGGCGGGGUGGCUGGGAGCACGAUGGCCUGCGCCGUUCUUCCCUGUCUCUGUUUUCUUCUCAGGAUUUAAAGUUUAAUUAUAUCAGUAAAGAGAUUAAUUUUAAGGUAA